AUGGCCGCGGGGAGCUGCGCGCCCGAGCGGCGCGACGCCUCCUGCUCACGCAACCCGCCGCUCCCUCUCCGCUCCCACCAUGCGAUGCGCUUCGAUUUGGCGCCCGAGCGGCUUCGCCAAAUCUCGGCCUCACAAUCCCUGCCACCUCCCGUUCGCAGGAACUCGAUCAACAUGCUCGACAAGCUCAAACGCGAGCUGGUGCCGGCCGCCGGUGACAAGCUCGUGCUAAAGCUCUCUCCUCCGCCGCCGCCGCUUGCUGAUAAGCAGGCUUGUGCUUUCGCGCACGUGACAAUGCGCUCCCACCUGCAAGACGCGUGCGGCGUCAAGGACGACGUCAAGGCCGCGCCCAAGCCCGCAGUGGACACGGCCAAGCCCGACGGCGAUGUGGACGAGAUCUACUUGUCGUCGCCGCCGUCGCACCUCGGAGCCGAGGCGUGCGGCAUCAAGUCCGCCGCCGCCGAGGAGCUCGCCGCCAAGUCCGCCGCCGCCGAGGAGGACGCCGAGUCGGCCACCGAGGAGGCGACCGCCGAGGAGGCGGCCACCAAGAAGGCGACCACCGAGGAGGCCGCCGCCAAGUCCGCCACCGAGGAGGAGUCCGAGGAGGCAGCCACCGAGGAGUCCGCCGCCGAGGAGUCCGCCACUGAGGAGGCGCAGCACGAGGCCAAGAACGAGAAGAACAAGGCGCCGACCAAGGCGGAGAAGAAGGACUGCGCCGCCGGCGUCGCCAACGAGGCUCGCCCCCAUCCGCCCUGCCUGCCUUCCUCGCUGCCAUCGGCCAGCCUAUAUGCCGUACGAGUGAACUCGAUCAACAUCAUGGCAGAGAACAAGACGGCAGGGAAGGUCGGCAUCAUGCCGGCCGACGUCUUCUCCGCGCCGCCCCUCGGAGCCAAGGCGGCGUGCGAUAAGAAUGACGUCGUGAAGGGCGUCCCCGAGGCCAAGUCUGGCGCGGAGGCCUCCCUCGACGAGAGCACCCUCAAGAAGGACCCGGCCGCGGAAAAGGACCCCGCCGCGGACAAGGUCGACUCGGACAAGGCCAAGGCCAUGUCCUCCGCCCACGCGCCGAGCCCGAACGCCGUUUUCUGGUCCAAGCUUGACCCGCCGACGUCCCCCAACGGCACCAAAGAAGCGCCGGCUCUCAAGCCGGUCACCGAAGACGCGCCGGCUUUCAAGCCGGUCACCGCCGGCGGCGCGCCGCUGCCGUCGAUCAAGGAGUUUCCAGCGGAGGAGCCCGCCCCUUCGGGCAUCGCCGACUGGACCACCCCGUCGAACCCGCGCCGCAAGAACGGGCGCAAGGGCGCGUCCGCCCCGAUCGUCCGCACCAAGAGCAUCACCCCGGUCGGCGGCAAGAACAGGUUCGGGGCCCUGCUCGGAACGGACGGCAACGAGGGCAUCCUCGGUGGCACCGGCAAGGUGACCGGCGGCUCCACGCCGCCGACCGCAGACUCGGGCGCGACGGUCGACGUCGAGACGACCACGCCCGAGGGCUCUGCCGCCGGCCGGUUCCCGUGGUCAAAGUCCUACAACUUGCUCCGCCUCUUUGGCAUCCUCGCGCUGAUCUGCCUCGGAGCCGCGUUUGCGCACUCCUCGUACUCUGCCACUUCCGCGCUUCUCUCCUCGCAGCGGCACGACUCCCCGUGGCCGACAUCGCCUCUCGCAACCGUCGCAAAGCCGUUCACGCCGGCAUCGCCCAACGGCUUCUGCGAGGUUGGCGGCAACGACACCAGCUCGUUUGCAGCCAUCGUGUCGUCGGACAGCGCGCCCGCCAACCACCCGGGCGGGCACGAGGACGGGAGCUCGUGGGGAGCACUGAUGGAAGCGAUCAAAGAGGCGGUGGGCGAGCCGUUGCACCUGAUUGGCGAGCCGCCGGCGUCCGUCAAGGAAAUUUACGAGAAGCAGCCGGCCGAGGCCGACUUGGAGACCGUCCCGGCCUCGCGCAACAGCAUGGAGCGCAAGGGCGAGCCCGAGAUCGACCUCGUCGGUCCCGUCUACAGCAACAGGACGGGGAUCAUCGCUCGGGGACGCGACACCGUCUUGCCCGUGAACGACACGUCGCCCGAGAUGCGGUUCGCCGACGCUGGGAACACGCCCGAGAAGCUGGUUGAGACUGGCCUCGGCGCGCCCGUCUCUAGCAUCGGCGAGUGGCGGGUGAACAGAUUGGCGACCGCUUCUCCAGCCACAACCAAGGAUCUCUUCCUCCAGCUUGGCCGGGCCAUCGACCCUCUUCUCGCGGAGCCGGCAUGGCCUGCAGAGGUCCGUGCCGCUCAGAUCUCCGAUUCGAACUCGGUCCAGUCCGAUAUCUCCUCCGUCUCACGUGUGUGCGCCGACCGGCAGCCACGCUGCGCCGCCCCCGUUGCGUGGCAUGCGGAGCCUCACCACGCACUCACCGACGAGCUCUGCAAGACCGACAAGCCGCCCGCGAACCCGCCGGUCGACAAGCUCUCCAUCGACCUGCCCUCCCCGUUCCACUUUCCCUUCAUGAGCGGACCCUCCUCUUCCGCGCCUGUCCGCACCCAGCAGCGCUGUCAGUUUUGGGCCGCCUUGUUCUUGCUGCUCGGAGCGUGCGGCGGCGUGCUGCCCUCGGUGCGGAGGAGCAGCUCGGGGCGCCUCGUGCGUUGCCGGACGGGGGCGAGGCGUGGCGCGUGGCUGCUGAUUCUCGCCGCGCUGCUCCCGCUGGCAUGUGCACCGUCAGUCUACACGUCUGGCUCGGGCGAGUCUGGCUCUGGGGAGAUUGGCUCUGGCGAGGUUGACAUCGAUCCGUCGCCAUCUCCCGAGCCGUCGCCAGCUCCAUCGCCCGAGCCGUCACCGUUUCCCGAAUUUCCCGAGCCGUCGCCCGAGCCUGAGCCGUCGCCGUCUCCCGAAUUUCCCGAGCCGUCGCCCGAGCCUGAGCCGUCGCCGUCUCCCGAAUUUCCCGAGCCGUCGCCCGAGCCUGAGCCGUCGCCGUCUCCCGAAUUUCCCAAGCCGUCGCCGCCGCCUGGCGCAGGCGACGUCGAGAUCAUCGACUCGACCGUGUCGGGCUGCUCUUCUGGCCGGUACGGCGGCGUCGUCAGGGCGGCUAGCAGCGGUGCGGUCUCGAUCAUCGGCUCGACCGUGUCGGGCUGCUCUGCUUCUGACAGCGGUGCGGUCUCGAUCAUCGACUCGGAUGUGACAAGCUGCUCGGCUGACAGCGUGCGCCACGAGGGCGGCGUCGUCUACGCGCAGUACAGCGGUGCGGUCUCGAUAAUCGACUCAGAUGUGUCGGACUGCUCUGCUUACCAUCGCGGCGGCGUCGUCCACGCGUAUUACAGCGAGUCCCUCUCCAUCGCGGGUAUCGACUUCAUCGACAACAGAGCGGUCCGAGGGUCAGGCUCGGUGCUGUACCUUUCAAACACGCCCUCCUCGAUCAGCGACGCCUCCUUCACCGGCAACACCGCUGGCGACGACAACGACGGUGCCACGAUAGAGGCAGUCAGCUCGCCGAUAAACUGGGACUGCCGCUUGGGCAGCUGGAUGCCGCGCAAGGGCUCCUUUUUUGGCGACUUCAGC